CGCACAACAACGCUACGAUUCGGACGUUUUCAGAAAAUUGUUGUAGAAAGAGCAUCAAGAAAGUAUUUGUAUAUAAAAUCAAGUUAAUUUAAACUUAGACGAAAUAUUUAGUUUGUUUAUUAAUUAAGUAAAGUGAAAAUCUAAAACAAAAUUUGUUGACAAUAUGAUGACCUUACAAUUAAUACCUGAAAACGAAAACCGUUUGAGUAGUUUUGCCACGAGAUAUCUUGGGAUUGAUUUCACAUCAAACAAUGGUAUCAAACCGUGUAAAGUUUCUUUUUCCGCAAAGAAAACACGUGAAGAUAUAAAGAAUUUACAAAAAGAAUUACGAAGUAAAUUGAAUUUUUUUCAACAAAAUGAGAACUUGAUACUCCAAAAUCCUGAAGACACACAAUAUAAUAUUACCAAACAAUUAUGUGAAAUUAUGAAAUAUUUGGAAAAUCUUAAGAGUUUUCGUAAACAAGAAAGAUACAUUAACACUUAUCCACAUUUUACGACAAAAAUUGAUAAAAUAGAUAUUCAUUUUAUUUAUGUGAAACCGGAUUGUACGGACAAAUAUGUUGUGCCAUUGUUGAUGUUGCACGGAUGGCCUAGCAGCGUAAUAGAAUUUUACAACAUCAUACCGUUACUGACUGCUCAAAGAGAGGCAAGUAAUUUCGUAUUUGAAGUGAUAGUGCCUUCCUUGCCUGGAUUCGGUUUCUCAGGCGUUCCUAAGAAACAAGAUGAUGACUUAACGUGCGAAAGCAUAGGCGACAUUUUAAUUAAACUUAUGAAAAAGCUUAACCGGAAUCAGUUUUACAUUCAUUGCGACGACUGGAGCUCCCUUAUCGCCGCCACGAUGGCGAUGAAUCAUCCGGAGAAUAUACUGGGUGUGCAUUAUGUUCUGUGCCACGUUACACAUUGGCUUAGUCUGUCUGAGUAUCUAUUAGAAACAAUCAACCGCCGCAAUGCACUGGAAAAAGAUUCUAUACAGUUGACACACAAAUACGAUAAAAUAUCUCCUUCGACAUCCAUAAACACACUUUUACUUAGUCUGAUGAAUUCACCUGUCAGCUUACUAGCUUACAUGCUCGACAAAUUAUUGAAUGGCUCAAGAAAUCCUCAUAAAGUUUCAAUAUUAAAAUACGGGUACUCUGCCUUCUUUAGUAAUAUUCUGAUGCAUUGCCCAACGAAUAAUAUAUGUAACAGUUUACAAGCAUAUUACAGAUAUCACAAAUUUAAUUAUUACAUGGAUCUUAUUGUAACGAAAGACAUUUUCACGGCAGUUACGUUCAUCCUUCCGGAAGAACUAAAAACAAUCGAGGAAAAUAUCGUGGAAAAAGAGAACAAAACUUUCUCCUUCAUUUAUAAAUUUACAAGUCGUUUCCCAGCGUGUGAAGACAGCAUGGAGAUGGCGAGUGCUAUUGUCGAUCACUUUAAGAAACAUUUAGUUGUCGGACAAGCCAAUCAGGAAUAAAAAAGUACUUUUGAAAAAUGACUAAAAUGUGUGUGUGUGUGUGAAAAAUGCGACAUAAAUAAAGGAAUGUUUUUGACAAUGUUCAAAUAAUCUCAUGCUAAUAGUAAACAUACAUACAAAUACAAAUGCAUAUUAACGUAUGCAUAU